AUGGUCCGAUUCAAUAUCAAUCCGGAAACAGGCAACGACAACUAUGCGAUUGUUAUGAUCGGCUGUGGUUGUCUUGAAGAUCUAGAUGGCAUUCUUGAAGAAAGCGCUCUGAUGGCUAGCGGCGACAACGCUGAUGAUCUCGUUAUUUAUGUAUUCGAUUCUCAUAGGCCGAUUCACCUCAACAACAUAUACGAGAAACAAAAUCGUGUUAUAAUUAUCGAUGAUGACCGUUUGGGGCUUGGUAACACUGGCAUUCCACCCGAGCCUAAUGAAGAUGAUGAUGAAGGUUCUGAUAUCGGCUCUAUGAGCGAUGGAUCACCAAACCGGAGAGAGCUCCUGGCUGAUGACUUUGAUGAUGAUGAUGAUGACAGCGAAUUUGGACAACAGUCGAGAAAACGAACGCGGAGUAGAAGUGGACGUUCUCCGAAUGCAAAGCAACGCCGACUUGAAUUGCUCUAUCAAAGGGAGGCGAUGAAGGGCGUAUACUACGAUGGACACUAUAGGACUACUCCAGCCUCCAUAGUUUUAUAUCGCAUCGCUGCCGCUCAACAGCAUGGAGGCCUGUCGGGGUUAUGGGCAGCUUGUGUGGCACUAGCGGGACACCUUGGCCUCCGUGACGAAAGGGCGGAGCUCACUGAGUUCACGUCCAUGGACUCAAUCAUUGAAUUUUACAUAGGUCCCCGGUUCGAUCCCCGGUUCGCUCAAGAAUUUGACAGUGCAGAUGAGAACUUACCGCAACAGCAACAAAAUGCAAGCCCAGCUAAUGAUGGUGAAGAUCCUCCUAAUUCGCAGCCUCUCGCAAAAGGGGGAGAUGGGAAUAUAAGCCUUGAGUACGGUGAGAGUGAAAUGGCGGCUUCUGAUAUGGCGAUAGUACUUUCCGCGGCGCUUGAUACCCACAUAGAGUGCGAAAAUAAGGAGGAUGAAGACUCUCAGCAUCGCAAGGCAUUCUUUGAGGCGCUUGAUAUAGUUCGCAAUAACAACCCCAGUGGAGUUCGCUCUGGGCUCUUGCGAGGGCUCAACGUGCUACGCCAAGUGGUAGCUCAGGCGAAAUAUAUACGAGAUCGCAAAAUGUAUAAGACGAUUUGUAGGGGAAAUGAGAAUUUCAGGAUAACUGUUCUGCAACGGGUGGUGAAUCCGAUCAUUUGUACAUUCGCGACACAUUUCGACGAUGCUAGCACGGAAAGCGGAGCGAUGAUUGAGUUCAAGGCUUUCGAUAACUCUGUUGUUGAAGUGUCCGGGAAGGAUUUCGAGGUAUGUAAAUGUGAAGAAUGUUUCGAAAUCAAGACUCCAUAG